AUGCAUUGGAGACGAACGACGACGAUGAUGAUUUUGAUUCUCGUCCAAACGACGCUCUUUCUCGCGAACGUAAACGCGAUAUUACUGGAAAAGUUCACCGUGAACUACCCACUCUUAAACGAACGGUGGGAGAAAUACCAGAACGAAGAAGGGAAAGUAUACUUUUGGUCGGAGACGAAUAAAAGGAGCCAAUGGGAAGAUCCGAGAGAAGAGGAGCUCAAGGUGAAAAAUGCCCCAGGGGGAGGAGGCGGCGGAAGCGGAACGACGACAGGGACGAAUACGAAUUCGGCUUUGGGAAACAAUCAACAACAAUCACAAACACACGAAGAACAAGAAAUACGAGAAAGAGCGAGAAAACACCAAGAAGACGAAGAGCGACGACGGCAGACGCGCAUCGCGUACGAGGAGGAACAGCAGAGAAAAUUGGAACGAGAACAAGUACAAAGGGAGUUACAGUCCAACACCGGCGCGGAGAGGAUUUUGCGAGAGGCGGAGGAGAGGAAGAGAGAGGAAGAGAGGAGGAAACGAGAGGAAAAUAUGGAUGUGGACAGGAUGCGGAGGGAGAAGACGGAGGCGAAAGAACGCGCGGAGAGGAUGGAGCGAGAGCGGAUGGAGAGGAUGGAGUAUAUGAGGAAAGAGAAGGAGAGGAAAGAGCAGUUGAGGAAAGAGACGGAGAGGAAAGAGAAGGAGAGGAUUGAAAUGCAGAAAAGGGAGAUGGAGAAGAAACGGGAGGAAAGAGAGAGGCUGUUGAGAGCGGCGAAGUUAGUCGAAGAGGAGAAGGAGAGAGAGGAGGAGAAGAGGAGGGAGGCGGCUGCAAAGACGGCGACGACGAACGAGAGACAACAACAACAACGACGAGAAAACAAACCAAACUCGUUUUCUUACACGACGCCAAAAACUCCAACAGAGAACAAGAAGAGCGGAAACGAUAGCGCGCAGCAGCAAAAACAACAACAACAACACGCGGCACCAAACCCUUUGCCAGCUCCCGAGCACCACGACGACGUGAAUCCAGACCACGCGUUGAAUAUCGACGACCACGCGGAAGCGCCGAAGCGACACGCGCCGUUCGUCGACGGCGUCGUGGCGCAGUUUUUCGUCAUGUUGGUGACGACUUUAUCCAUUUGGUUGAAGACCAUGUUCAGGAAGAUUCACGAGUAUCGAUUAGCUAAACAGCGAGAAAGAGAGGAGAACGAAAAGGAAAUGUUAGGGGAUAUGGGCGGUUCUGGUUCUCAAAUUUUCGGCAGUCCGUCUCGGAAUAGAAACAGCAACGGUAUGAUCAUGAACGGAGCAUCGAGCGAUGCCAGCCGAAGUAAUUCGGUGUUCAACUCUCCAGUCGCAUCGAACCCGUCUGCGAAUCACGAUUUAGAAGACCAAAGAGUCAAAUAUACGGGCAGUUUGAAGAAGCGCCAGUACUUGUCGCGACGAGCCUCGCAAUUACGAAUCAUGCUCAUCGACGUGAACAACGCGCACGGCAUCGCGCGCAAGUGGAAGAUUUUAGGCAUGUACUUCCAGCGAUUAAUGAAGUCGAGCGAGAUAUUCUUUCUCGCCCGAUUGUUUAUUUCGUUUUAUUACUUCAACGCGGCGGCUGAAAAGUACGCCUAUUACGUGUGGAGAUUUAAAUAUUACGAGUUCAACAAAGAGCACGGGUUCCCGCGAGGGCAAGUGGAUUUACCCAUCGGUGUUCCAUACGGCGCGUUAUUAGUGGUCGUCGUCACUACGUUAAUGGUGCACGACAUCAAACCAUCCAUGUGUUGCGUCUACUUACUCUUCUGGGACAUGCGCGAAUCGAUCGGAUUGACCAAAGAGGUGUUUUUCGGCCCAAACGGCAUCGUGUUCAACGAACUCGCGAUGAAAAAGCUGAGCGUUUUGGGAUCGACGACGUUACUGUUAGUAAACACCAUCCACUCUCGACGAGGUUUAGCCGUCCAAAACACCGACGGCCGCGAUGGCUUGCUCUUCAGUAAAUUCGGCAACCCUAGAACGAACCGCGAAGGGAAGCAGAGCAAAUUGAAAUCGAUCGCGUUGGCGUUUGCGAGAUUGGCGUUAGCGUCUGCGUUUCUAUACGUCGGCUGGGAACAGGUCAUUCGAAUCGCUAGGAACGAUAUGGACGCGUACAGCAAAUUAAAAGAAACGCAAUCAACCGGAGGAGAUGGUGGUGCGGAAAACGAACAGAAACAGCGAAAAGACGGACACGACAGCAAUUGGCUCUUGGUCCAAUUCAUCCUCGCGCUCCCGUUAUUCCUCGGGCUCCGCACCAAAUUCGUCUGCCGAUUCAUGGCCUUGAGUCUCUUUCUCGAAGCGUUUCUGAGCUGGGAUUUCUGGAACGCGCGAACGCUCAUGCCCGAACACGCGCGAACGCACUUUGUCGUCAACCUCUCCUGCGCCGGAGGGAUGCUCUUGUUGCAAAUGUUCGGCGCGGGAGCGUACUCGUUCGACGCUUUCUUACUGCCCAAGAAAAUUGUAUAA